AUGGGACUCUGUACAACAUCUAAGGUGAUUACUGCAGUGGAGCGCAGUGAAAGACCUCGUACAACUAUCCAGGGGAAUCGCGAAUGGGUCACAAUCAUUGAAUGUGUGAGCGCAAAAGGGAUUCAUAUACCUCCAGCAGUUAUCUUAAAAGGGAAAGAACACCAGGCUGCAUGGUAUCAAGAGUCUAAUCUUCAUCCAGAUUGGAAGCUUACCAACAGUGCCAAUGGCUGGACAACAGAUAAGAUAGGCCUUGCAUGGUUGGAGUGUCUAUUUGACCCAUUUUCCAAGCUGCAUUCAACUGGCGCAAAGCGAUUACUUAUUCUUGAUGGCCAUUCAAGUCAUCAAACCAUUGAAUUUGACAAUUUCUGCAAAAAGAAUGCAAUUAUCUGCCUUUGCAUGCCUCCACAUUCAUCUCAUCUCCUUCGACCUCUGGAUGUUGGUGUUUUUGGACCGCUUAAACGUGCAUAUGGCAAAUUAGUUGAGGGCAUGAUGGCGGCUGGAAACAACCAUAUUGAUAAAGAGGAUUUUCUCCAUAUAUACCCUUCUGCACGCAAAGCAGUUUUUACUGAAAAGAAUAUAUGCAAUGGGUUUGCAGGAUCUGGUCUUAAACCACUCAAUAAAGACCGGGUUCUUGAGAAAAUCACCUUUCAACUUCAUACGCCAACACCACCACCUCUUGCUGAAGGAUCAGUAUCAUCUGCAUUUCAGACACCUCAGAAUCCCCGCCAGCUUGAUCACAAGAUCCACAAUCUGCAGAAAAGCCUUCAAAGGAAAAGGACACUUUCUAGUAGUCCAGUCUCCCAUAUUCAACACCUUGAAAAGGCUGCACAGAUGGCAAUGAAUACAAACCUUCUUCUCCAACAAGAAAUCAAGGUUUUACGGACUGAAAAUGAGCGGAAAACAAAGAAGAAGGCAAGGAAACGUGCUUCUAUAGGAGAUAAUCUCUUUAUAUCUGUACAGGAAGGUCGUGAGCGCAUUCAGCAGCUUGAUAUACAGGAUGAAGCCCAGGUUGAAGAGCCUAUAUCUCGGCAUCGCAAGCGAGCUCCACAACGCUGUAGUGGCUGUGGGACUAUAGGACAUACGAUAAAGAGGUUGUCCUAG